ACAUACAAUUUUUCUCAAAUUCGAAGGUUAGUUCCCUUUUUGAUUUUACAACUGUCAGCAUUUUUCUCAGUUCGGCUUUCUAACCAAAUUCUAAAUUCAUGCAAUGUUCAAAUUCUAGUGAUCGAUCCUGUUAAAAUUUGAAAAAGUAUAUAUGCGUAAGGCUAUUAUCAUCAAAAAUCAUUAUCAUCAAGGCUAUUAUCAUCAAAAAAAAAAAUUGAAUAGAAAAAUAUAAAAUGCAAAAUCCAAAAAGUACCAAACAUAAAAAUCGACAAGACACGCCAACGGAUUCGCCAAACGAAACUGAAAAUGAAAUCCGUGCUAGAUUAGAAAGGCUUUGCAAAUGUGACAGGAUAUUGUCAGAUAGUGAAAUAGCAGAUUUUGGCAAAUUCGACACGGAUGAAGAAGACGUCGCAGUGAGCAGUGACGAGUGCGAUGAAGACCUUGUCGCCGAACGCUUAAAAUUGAGGCGCUUACUGGAUCUUCCAGAAGACACACAUUCGCUGACGAAAAUCGAGACUCACCUUCCACCAUGUCUGAAGUACAGCUUUCGUUCUGGGCUCACGCACCUGAACAUGCAAAAAUUUUCACCGCUGACACGUGGUUACCAAGGCUCGGCAGUCGCAGUCGCAGCGAUCGCCACGUCGCAUCUCAUAAAGCCACACUGUUGGAACGAGCCGGUAAUAGAUCAAGUGAUAGAAGACGGCGAUACUUACUACAGCGAUUCAUACUCGCAAAUUGAAACGGACGAUCGUCGGACUUUGAAAUUACUCGAUCUGAAGCGAGAAUUAGACAUACGUAAAACCCACCGUGUAUCGGUUAAAAUCGACGAACCGAUUUUCGCCGGUACUUUCCGAUCGGAAACGCCGAAGGAUCUUCACAUAGCAAAGGCGCUCGAUCUCUUUUUUAAGAAGUACACAACCUGUGUAUUAACCUCGCCUGCGCAGAACGUAGCCAUUUGGAAGUGCUCGAAGUAUUUCAAUUUCUUCGACGGCCAAGCGAGGCUCGAGAAUUGCGAGAUCGCCGAUCCGGGAGCAAAUAACGGCUUCGCCAAAUUAAUUCUGCUGCAAAGUAUAUCGGACGUUCUUUUCGUGAUCCUCGAGAAGAGCAACGUGAAAAACGAGCCUUUCGUUCUCUACAAUAUCGACAUCGUGGGCGUGCGAAAAUUAUCCGAGCUACCCGACGCCGAGGAAAAAACUCUCGGCGAACCAAAGCCUCGACCGAGCGGCUACAGAAUACAAGACAAGUAUCGCGCAGUCGUUCAGGGCUCUUACCACCUGCUACAUCCCAUUUUGCCCGAAGAAUUCCAAGGCCGAGGUCAUCUCGUGCUCGCCGUCGCGGCUCUCGUUUAUUCCAGACUGUUGAGCGGCAGUAAGUGGACGAAAGUGAUGAUCGAUCUUAUCUUCAACCAGUCGAACAUUUACCUGACGGAUCUCGCGCGAGUGCUCGGCAAGACUUUGGAUCAUACCUUCGAGCUGACGGUUAACGAUCUCUUGUGCGACGUCGUUCUCGGCGUUUACACGGCGAAAAUUAAGGUCCAAGAAAACGUUGUUCCCGGACAGGGUAAGAAGGGAAAAUUAACCAUGGAUACUGGUAUACGGGACUAUUUCGCAGCUCAUCCCUUCGGUAUACUGGAAAUAAAGAAAAUUUUCUAUCCUAUUUGGAAGGAGAGGAACAAGUUUUACAUGCUAGAUCCGUUCGCUUGCGACGAGGAGGGUUUUAGGAUUGACUCGCGCGAUCCUGCCAAUGCCGAGAGAUACAAAAAAGCUGCUGCUUGCGUUACCAUGAAUUCGUCGGUGAAUCAACUCGUAGAAACGAUUUUGGAAAAUACGGAAAGCAAAGAAAAGGACCCUUUCAUCAUCCACGGAUUGAAAGUUUUGUACAUAAAGACUGGUACUGCGCAAGAUGGGUCUGAUGAAAAGGUCGUCUUUCGCGAGAAGAAAACUAACCGCAGACCUCCAAGACCUCCUUCUCCUCCUUCGGCUGUAAUAGACGAUUGCGAGGUAAUCAUAGAUUCGUUACCUCGACCAAGAGAAGUAGAUAAGCCGGUGAACGAAGUAGUGCAGUAUCCUCAAUUGACAAACCAAGUCGAAUUGUUCAUGAAGACUUUCGACGAUGAAAAAUCUGCAGAUCCCGACGAUGAAAAUGUGUAUGAUAAUCAGGAAAUCAAGUUAUCCGGAUACAAAAUCAUCAAUCCUCAUAGAUUAAUGCUGAGAGGAACGAAAAAUUGCCUAAGCGAAGAAUUUUCAGAACAAAGUAGAGGAAGACAAGGACUUACCAUAGCUCUAACGGCUCUCGCUGCAUCCGAGCAAACCGAUUUAGCCGAAUGGAAUAGCUCCGAUAUAGAUAACAUUAUCUACGAUGGACACUCGAUCUAUGAAGAAAUAGUAUCCUGCAUCCAUCGAGGUUCCUCUGAUGGUGCUUCUGAAGAAGAUGCAGUGAGUAAAGAGUAUAUCGGAGGGGGGAAAAAAGGAGUCCAAAUAGAAGGUGGAUCAAACAAUGAAGAGAGCUAUGAAGAGUUCGAAACGCUGUCGACAAAAGGACCUGAGGACUUGACGCUAUCUAUGUUGCCGAAGAAUAUAAAAAUAGGCGAUACAGAUGUGAAUUUGGUAUGGAAAAUGAACGUCAUGAAAGGCGAAGCUAAUCCCUUGGCUAAUUUAGGAGAAGCCUUAGAAAAAUAUUUUGAACAAUUCGAUAGGGUGAUCUUGGAAAACAACGAAUUAAUGUACGCAAUCUGGACGAAAUAUGACAAAUUUUUCAUACUGAAUCCUUACGGUAACGAUCAAGAUGGUUGGCAAAAUUACUCUGAACCCGCUGGACUUUUCGUGGUGGAUAGAAUAAUCGAGCUGGUUAAUUUAUUGUACGGUUUGAUACAAUAUAACGAAUAUAACUUCAUACUACACUUCAUUAAAUUGUCUUUGCCUUCGAGUGGUGAAGAUAACGAAAGCUCAUCAAAUUCGGAAGAUAUUCAAAUUGAGGCGAUUCAAAAAUAUAAAACGAAAUUUCUACCCGUAACCGACGCUGAUCUUGCUGAAAUAAAGAUCACGGACGAAGAAGUUGAACAGCCGAACGAAGAUAAUCUUACGAAUGUUUUAGAGAAUGAAGAUAAUAAUUCAGAAAGCAAAACUUAUAAUUUGGACGAAGUAAGUAUGAAUACCCGAGUUUUCCGAGAAGCCAUUAACGCGGAGAAAAACUUACUAAAGCUCUUCAAAAUUGUCGCGGAGCCCAAGCAAGUAGAUGCCCCUGCUAGAUUAAAUCUAGCUCUUGUAACUGGCGUCGUCAAAAUUGAACAUAUAACCGAAGAGAAGAAGCAAGAAGAAAAUCUAGAUGUUUUUUACGAAAAGCUCAAGUACACCCAUCCACCUCCGUUCGUUUUACCGCCAAAGAAAAAUUUGUGUGCACUGUUGGAUGUAAAAUUAGCCUCAAAGUCGGUACAGUCCUUACUUUCCAGAUUUUCCAUCGACUCGAAAUUAGCAAUCAAAGAGAAAACCGACUUACCCUUGUCAGGUCAACAGGAUGCAACCAUCAGUCUCGAUGACACCAUUGAAAAAUCAAAACUCAUAACUCUCCCUCCGAAAAAAUAUUUUUUCUCUAAAAGCUUACCCUGUGGUCUUACGCCAAUUAGAGCAAUAAACGAGCAGUUCAUAAGAGACAAAAUUAUUGACGAAGAACAAGAGGAAGAUUGUAGGAGAAAAAAGAAAGCCAAAGAAAUUAUAAUGGUACCAGAUGAUAAGUCGAACGUGUCAGAAGAGCAUAUUUUACCGAAGAUUAUUCCACUUGGGCCAUGCAUCAAGACUCCUGAACCUGUGCGAAAGAUCCACGAUUGUCCCGAGAGGAAAAAGAGAAAAUGUUCACUGACUGCAAAAGAAAAGGAAGAUGCGAUACUGAAAAAGCUCGUUUGCAGCACAGAAAAUCUGCUGUUCGAAAUGAUGUUUCCAGAUUUCAAAGAAAACAUUGAAACACUGGCACCGACAGCCGAUCAUCUCAGCGUUGAAUCAGCCGACGACGACACCGAAGACUCGCUCUCGACGAUUUCCCCGGAGCCCGAGCCCUGUGGCUUCAAGCCAACGGCCGACGCGAACAUCGGUAUAAUAAAUGCGAACACGUGUCUGGAAGAUCGCGCAGCGUUAGAAGACAGUCACUACAAGUCCUGCUACUUCGCAGCGAUACUCGCCAUUCUCGCCAAGAUAAACGUGAGCGUGAACGAGUUCCGCAGCGGAGUGCUCGAUCGAUUUAUCCGAGCUGCCAGCAAGAUCGGCGACGGAACAGGAAAACUGCGCUACAAGAUGACUCGAUGGUUUCGGAAUUUCAACAUUCUUGGCGUCAAGUACAACGUCGUUCUCAAGCAGACUCGCUACGCCGAUCCGGAAAACUAUGAACCGGAUGCGCUGAGAAUCGUCCUGGAGUCGUUUCUCCAGAGGCAUCAGACUGGGAUCGUGGUUUUCGGGAACGCCGCCUAUGCCUUCUGGUUUGCUAACGAUAUGUUCUAUCUGUUCGACCCCUAUGCUUGCGACGAAAAUGGUCUGGCAAACGCGGAUGGAUCAGCUUGCCUCAUGCAAAUCUGCGACUUCGACUCGUUCGUGGAGAGGAUUAUUCGGAAUACGGGCGAAGCUGCCCAGAAGCCCUACAGGCUGUACACCGUGUCAAUAGCGCACUUGAAAGCGCAGAUAAAGAAGAAGCGUAAGACGAAAAAGAAACGUGUGAAAACGUGUAAGAAGCAACUCGAGGAAGAACAGCGGGAAGCCGAGGAAGUCAAAUCGAUAGAGCUCGAACAAUCUGAAUCAGAGAAGUCCUUGAUCGAGCUCACCGAUUGGGUCAAUAAAGACAAAGGAAAGAUCCUUCCUCCGGACCCUCUCAUUCCAGGCUUCUUACCGAUCAAAAAUUACAACGCGUCGGCUCUCGAGGUCGAGAUUCUGGAGAACGAAAUCACGAGAUCAGUCUUACCUCCUCUCAAAGAAGACUCGCCCGGCGAACAAACGAGGCAGACACCCUAUGACAGGACAUUCUACAGCAACUCGAUGAUGAGCGAACCUAUGGACCUGUGCGUGAUGGCCUGGUCCCAAAUCUACGAUCCUCCAGUCUGGAGCACCAAGACGAUCCAAGCUCUGUUCGAAGCUAGCAAGGAGUACGCACUGGACAGUUUGUUGGCAUCAGAAGAUUCGACACUUCCGCGGAUGACGGACAAUCUCCUCACGGAGUUCAACAUCGCCAACUACAGCUUCCGCGUAGUGUUUGCGCCGAUGCACAGUGGUACGCUUUACGCAAACGAAGGGUGGAACUUGGCCACAACUUUGGAUAGGAUUUUCCAAUCACCGGUUUAUACCGGCGUGGUGCUGGUCUGUGGAAACGCGCAUGUAGGCGUUAUGAAGAAAGGAGAGAGACUCUACGCUUGGUGGCUGCUGAAGGGCACGAAGAAGAUUAGGAUCAUCGUUUCCGAAGACAUGGAAGAUUAUCUCAAGCUGAUUGUAAAGGAAAUCAAUCAACCAGGAGAGAGUGAAUUUUCCGUGAGGAUAGUGACGAUAUCUUACGCAAAGAUACUGGGACCAAACUGCAGCGACAUCGAAGGACUUCACGAGUCAAUGAUGCCGUCCACUUCCAUUGCUGAAAUCCACACUAAAGAUACUGUUAAUCGUGACGACGAAGCUGUUUUCCGACUCAUCGACAAAUCACAAACGCCAGUUUUCGUACUGGGAUCGGUGGCACUGAGCGAAAGAGACACGGUAACAGAACCAAGAGUCAAGCGGUGCUACUUCGUUGCGUUGCUCGCUGUGUUGUUGAAAAGGGACAUCAUUCAGAAUCCACUGCCAGAAAUGAUCGACAAAAUACUGGAACUUGCCGAUGGUUCCUACAAAUUGUUCGAAGAACCAAAAUAUCACACGGAGCACAUUCUGAAAGACGUUCGUUUGAUGGAUCGAUUGUUUGAAUUUCGAGACUGCGCUUCUCAGUUGACGAGUUUGCAAGACGAGAAGAAGAGUACCGAUCAAAUGUUCUUUCCCGCUGUUAAGCAGCAGCUGAAACAGUAUUUCAAGAAAUGCACGAGUGGUAUCCUUCACUUCUCCAACUGUUGCUACGGAUUCUGGUACUCCGCAACCACAAACUGCUACUAUUACCUGGACCCUUACCAGUGUGACGUCAAGGGUAGACGAGUCGGUAAUCGCGGCAAGAGCUGUCUUUGCGUGUUUUCCUCCAUCACCAGUUUGGUCAAGCAGAUGUGCCUCAAUCAGUUCGCGGAGACUACAGGGUUCUUCAUUCACCGAGUACACGUAGAGCUGGUGAAGGCGUCACUUUACCACAAGUUUCAAGAGGAUCCAAUCUGGACCUAUGUCGACUAUCACUGGAGUCAUCGACAUCUAGCCAAACCAAAAGCCAAGAAAAUCAACAAGAAGACCAAGUACCCCGAGGAGGUGGUAAAGAAACCGAGUUGGAAAAAUUAUUUGAUUGAAGUCCCGAACACGAUCUACUCUGUGUGGGGUACUUUGAGCUCCUUCGACGUAAAGUUCGGACCUCGUGCCGGAAAGAACCAAGCAGCAAUAGGCGUUGCUUUGCUCGCAUUGUGCGAUCUCUGUCAUCCAUCCGAGUGGAGUACAAUAGUAUUGGAUUCGGCAGUCGUUUCAGGGGAUUGCUACUACAAGGACAGUAAAAAAAUGGCCAGUCGGUGUUGCAACAGAUUCAACCUGGCCAAGUGCUUCAAGGUUUCUCCGUAUCUCUGGGAUGUGGAAUUCACAUCGGACAUUUGCGGUGUUCUCUAUGGCAGCACUGAUCAACCAAGUCUCGCUGAUGCCUUGAAACACGCCCUUGACAGAUCGUCGAAUCUACUGUUACAAUGUGACAAGAAGAUCUUAACGAUCUUGGAGACGACCGACGCCUUUUACGCGAUGGACUCGUCGUGGACUGGACCACCUUUAUUCUUGAAAGAUCGUGGAGCGAUCUAUGUUAUAAGAUGUAAAGAUACGAUGACCCUAAUCUACGUUCUAACGAAGAUGUUGAACACCAAUCAGCGGCUGGAAUUCACGAUAACCCCAGUGAGGAUGACAUUCAGUCAAGAGACUUGCCAAUCGAGUAAUAGUAAACCGCAGGUCAGUCGAAAAAAGAUCCUAGAAAAACCGGCUCGAUCUGCACCUGGAAAAACGGUCGAUCACCCGACUCUCGUCAAUGGUAGUAUCGUUGUACCGGAAGAAGAUUCACACCUGUGCUACAUCAGGAACUUGAAGUUAGGCUUGGCUCGUGGUGCCGAAUUCGAAAAUCCACCGUCUUUGGAUGAACAUAAGAGAACAUCUAGCGUAAUUUCGAGAAAGAGACAAGAGAGUGGCAAAAGAAUUUCAGAUAUGAAGAGUUCUCGAAAGACGUCCCAAAUUAUUCGCGGCUUCAAAACUCAACUUGAAUCUGAUAGAGCUGUGCCGAGUAUUUUGGAACGAACCGUUGAUCGUCCGCCUGUUUUGAAUUUAUUAAAAAAUAUUGAAGCUUCUAAAAAGCAACAAUGUGGCAGUAAAGCCUCAGCCGUAAUCCACGAAUCUCAAAAAGAAUUGGAGUUCGGUAAAUCAUCUUCCAAAGAUGUUGACGUUGGUUACUCUAAAAUGAUUGCUGCGCGGAAACAUGCUGCCCAAUUUGACAUCAAUGCAAAAUUAAGUGAGGAUAAAAAUCGAUUUGACAUCAGAAGUAGCUUCGUUCAGGAUGAAACCAGAGAGAUGUUCGAAACUUACAACGCCGAGAUGAAGAAAGAAGUUCGUCAAUCUUACAAGUAUGAUAGUUCCAGCGAAUACAAGCAGGUGGAAUCGCCCGAGCAAUCACAAAAAGCUGUCGAAGAGACUAAAUCAACUGUCAUUAGCAUAGUGGUAGAAGGUAUGGAUGAAUCUAGAAUAGAGACAGAAGAGAUGAGCACUCAAGAGAUGCUUACAAAAGAGACCGAGAAAGAGCGCGCGGAAACACUUGAAGAAGAAGAAGAGAUACCGGAAGAAGAGCCGAAAUUCAGAAGCAGUUUGCACCUGAACAUUACAUAAACAUCCUGUCACAUUAUGUGAAUCGCAUAUAUUUUAAACAAAAAUAAAUAUUCGGAAUAAAAAUAGUUUAUAAUCCAAUUUAUUUAUCAAAAUAGACACGUUGAAUCAUAGAAUACAUUCUAAAGUAUACAAACCGAUGAUUGAGACAUAUGUAUAAUCGAGGUAUUCUUACAGUUUAUAUUUCAAGCUGCGGUCAAAACGGUUUAAAAAAUAUCCUGCUUCUACAUAUAUGUAUAUCAUGAUUACAUUGUAACGAGUGAGCUGCGCAUCAGAAAUUCCGUGUUCAUAUAUCAAUUGUACAUUUACAAACAUAAAGUGUGAUCUUACGUCAAUAUAACGAUACGAGCCACAGCAUAGGCACAUAAAGAAAUUACAAAGUAAGAAUCAUGCAAUAUCUUAAAACUUAAUGUUACAUUGUAUGAAUAUUUUACAACGUCGAUUUUUACAAAAUACAAACACUCGAUUUUACACAAAAAUAUUCUAUAUCUAAUUAUGAGUAGGCGUAAGCUUAAUUUACAUUAUAAAUAAUUUUCUUAAUUUUCUUAAUCUUACAUGAGAAUACAGUAUAUGAUUUUCACAAUGAUUAAAUUAAAUUCAUAUCUAUAAAGUUUGGUUAUGUAAAAAAAGAUUACAUUAAAUAAUUGUACUCGAAAGGUUCUCUUAACUGCACAACCAUUUUCUACAAAUAAUAAAUUUGCAAAAUUACAUUCAUUUCUAGAAAUCAGAUAUAAAUAUCAGUGUAUUGCUGUUUAUCCAAAACUAGCAUGUUACAAUCCUACGAUAAAAUAUUAUGCUACAAAGCAAACUUUCUAAAAUGUAUAUUUCUUGAAUAGUCAUGAUUUAUUGUUAAGGAAAAAUCAUUAAAAAUAAAUGAAAAUAAAAUUUCUCAAUAAAAACUAAAAACAAAAAUAAA